AUGGCAGAGAGUCUGGGGGAAAGUGAGAAAGAGGGAAAGAGAAGCACGAGCAGACAGAAAAUGGGGAUGAUCGUUGAACACGCUCUCUUCAUAACUGUGAUAGCACUGACCUUUAUAACCCCGUGUGACACCUUCAAGCCCACUCAGAGGCCAAAGUACCAGUACACCAAGAAACCCCCUCGAGAGCUGGUCCAAACCACUGUUUAUGUAGGCAAGCCUACGGUCACCGCACGGAUUGUGGACUUCACCAAAACAAGAGAGCGCUUCCCUGCACAUGUCACAGAGAGCACUACAGUUCCUGCUGACAGCUAUAUAGACUACCCCACAGACACCACCGCAUCUUCCACCACGGCCAAAGACAAUUACACACUAGACUACAAUGAAUGCUACUUCAACGUCUGUGAGUGCUGCCCUCCAGAGAAAGGCCCACAAGGCUUCAAAGGAGAUAUAGGACUGCAAGGUCCACCUGGAGAAAAAGGAGCAGCUGGACCCAAAGGUAUACCUGGCCCAACAGGGCCAAAGGGCUUUUCAGGAUCCAAAGGGGAUAAAGGAGAGAAAGGUGAUCAAGGAAACAUAGGACUGAGUGGAUCUCCAGGCAUCCAGGGAAAGGCUGGAAUGAAAGGUGAGAUGGGUAUUAAAGGUGAGAAGGGUGCAACUGGACUGCAAGGAUUCAAAGGUUCGAAAGGAGAAAAAGGAGAUCCAAAUUUGAAUGUGUCAAAGGGUGACCAGGGAGAGCCAGGCAAAGAUGGACCACCGGGAACCCAAGGCAUGACUGGUGAUAAGGGUGAAAAGGGUGAUAGAGGAGAGUGUGGUUUACUUGGAGAGGGGGGCCAGAAAGGUGAGCCAGGUGAUCCUGGACCUGCAGGUGUGCGUGGAGACCCUGGUCCAUCUGGGCAACACGGCAUGCACGGGACUCCAGGAAACGCUGGAGAACGCGGGGAACCAGGAGUUCCCGGAGCAAAGGGUGAACCAGGAGCACGGGGACCAGCAGGAGUCAAAGGCAUGCGAGGUCUGAGAGGAAUGAAGGGUGACCGUGGCCCCCAAGGGAAACAUGGAGACCGAGGCCUACAGGGAAUGAAGGGCUCAAUGGGUCAAAGUGGAUCGAGAGUACGGUCUGCUUUCAGCGUCGGCUUAUAUCCAAGCAAGUCUUUUCCCCAAUCAGGAUUUCCGGUUCACUUCGACAAGGUCUUCUACAAUGAAGAAAACCAUUACGACACAGUCACAAGCAAGUUCAAUUGCACCUAUUCAGGAGUUUAUGUGUUCUCCUACCAGAUCACGGUAAGAAACAAGCCCCUGCGUGCUUCACUGGUGGUGAAUGGAGUGCGUAAGGUACGUUCGAGAGACACCCUACAGGGUCAAGACAUUGACCAGGCAUCCAAUCUAGUGAUCCUGAAGCUGGAUGUAGGAGACCAGGUGUGGGUAGAGACGCUGAGAGACUGGAACGGUGUCUACUCCAGCAGCGAGGAUGACAGCACCUUCUCUGGGUUCUUGCUCUAUCCUGACUAACACCUUCUUCAUGGCUAAAUCUUGAACUGAACUUUACAUGAUAUGGACAUGAGAGAAAUGUAUGACCAAUUACAGUAGAUGUAGUGUUUUUAUCGUAGAGAGACAGAAGUGUACUGUUUAAACAAGUUUUAAAACAAGUAUUCCAUUCUGUUAACCACAUCAGAUAGGCUAAUUUGAUUUCAAAUUUAAAUUUGGACCAAAAAAAAAAAAAACAUUGAAACUACAUAUUCAUAAAAUUGUCAUACAGUUUAUGGUAUGUGUCUUGAGAGCACUGUGCAUUUCUUUUUAUCGACUGUUUUGAACCUUCAGUACGUUUUAAAACUUUCUAAUGAGGAUAUAGUGGUUUUAAUUAGAGGACAAGUAUUUGUUUUUUAUUAUUUAGCUUUUUUCAUAACCAUUUUUUAUUUACCACCCAGAUAUCAAACGGUUUGACAAAAAAAGUGUGAUUUGAAUCAUUCUGACAAUGUUUUCGUCAUGUGCUAUUUAAGCUUCUUGUUGAUUUGUUACAUAUCAAUAAGCCUCUAUGACAUUUAGACAGGUAUAUUGAAUUUUCCACUCAACACAUUAUUUUUCAAACAGGCAUCAUUCCAUAAACAGUACAUCAUUUAUAAAGUAAACAAAAUAAACAUAAAUCAUUAGAUCAUAAGUUAUAUAUUGUAUGAAAUACAAAUCACAAUGUAGGCUUUGGGAUGAUGGGUUUCUGAGCACUAAAGUAAUAAAA